AGAGCGAGCGAGCGAAUGCGAAAGGCCAAGGGAGGGCCAGGCGAAGGGUGGCUGGGGUUCCCAAGCAGGCAGGGAGCAGCCAGCGGAGGGCUGCCGGACCGUCGCAGCCCCUUCCACGCCUAACCGUCCUUAUGGUCAGCCUGCGCUUUCCUACGACGCAGCCAGACAGGGAGAGCCGAGCAGAGGAGAGAAGGAGCGAGGGAAGAAGGGAGAGGAGGGAGGAGGGAAAAGUGUUCCGCGGAGCGGUAGCGUCUUCCCGCCUGGCCCUGUCCUCCCCGACCCUGGUCCCCGCUCCCGUCCGGGCGCGAGCUGCCCCUCGGCGCCGGGGGGGUGGCGGGGGGCGCGGGGACCGGGCGCGGGGACGGCUCCCGCGCCGGCACAUGGCUGCGGCCGCCCCGCGCGCACCCCGAGGCGCCGCGCCCGGCUCGCCCGAGGUCCGUCGGCUGCGCCCCGCCGGCCCGGAGCCCAGCAGCGGCUGAGCGGGGGAGCGCCCGCGCCCGGGGCGUCGGGAUGAGCCUCCUCCUCCUCCUCCUCUGGCUAGUGUCCUACUAUGUUGGAACCUUGGGGACUCACACUGAGAUCAAGAGAGUGGCAGAGGAAAGGGUCACCUUGCCCUGUCACCAUCAGCUGGGGCUUCCGGAAAAAGACACGCUGGAUAUCGAAUGGCUGCUCACCGACAACGAAGGGAACCAAAAAGUGGUGAUCACUUACUCCAGUCAUCAUGUCUACAGUAACUUGACUGAGGAACAGAAGGGCCGAGUGGCCUUUGCUUCCAAUUUCCUGGCAGGAGAUGCUUCCCUACAGAUUGAGCCUCUGAAGCCCAGUGAUGAGGGCCGGUACACCUGCAAGGUGAAGAAUUCAGGGCGCUAUGUGUGGAGCCACGUCACCUUAAAAGUCUUAGUGAGACCAUCAAAGCCCAAGUGUGAGUUGGAAGGAGAGCUGACGGAAGGAAGUGACCUGACUCUGCAGUGUGAGUCAGCCUCUGGCACAAAGCCCAUCGUGUAUGACUGGCAGCGGGUUCGGGAGAAGGAGGGAGAGGAUGAGCAUCUCCCUCCCAGGUCCAGGAUUGACUACAAUAACCCUGGACGCGUUCUGCUGCAGAAUCUCACCAUGUCCUCCUCUGGGCUCUACCAGUGCACAGCAGGCAACGAGGCCGGGAAGGAAAGCUGUGUGGUGCGAGUGACUGUACAGCAUGUACAAAGCAUCGGCAUGAUUGCAGGAGCGGUGACAGGCAUGGUGGCUGGAGCCCUGCUGACAUUCCUCCUGGUAUGGCUGCUAAUCCGAAGGAAAGACAAAGAGAGAUAUGAGGAAGAAGAGAGACCUAAUGAAAUUCGAGAAGAUGCGGAAGCCCCGAAAGCCCGCCUGGUGAAACCUAGCUCCUCUUCCUCAGGCUCUCGAAGCUCACGCUCUGGUUCUUCCUCCACUCGCUCCACAGCAAAUAGUGCCUCACGCAGCCAGCGGACGCUGUCGACGGAAGCAGCACCCCAGCCGGGGCUGGCCACCCAUGCAUACAGCCUGGUGGGGCCAGCGGGAAGAGGUUCUGAACCAAAGAAAGUCCACCAUGCUACCCUGACCAAAGGAACCACACCCGGCAUGAUCCCCAGCCAGAGCAGAGCCUUGCAAACCGUCUGAAUUAGAGUGGACUUGACUCCCGUGCUUUCCUAGGAGUCAGGAUCUUAGGACUCUUCUAGUCAUUGAAGCUCAGUCACCAGCCACACAACCCCCUGGAACCAGAUGACCGGUCAUUUAAGUAGCGGUGAGCAUUGCGUGGAAUGGAUCGAAAUGAGCGCUUUCUUUCUAGGACACCGAACAAGAAAAAGGAUGUAAACUGUUCAUCUCCAAAAAGGCAUCUCGUGGUGCCUUGAGACCAGAGUGGGGAAAAGCGGGGGUCCAACUCCGUGUGUUUGUUGGCCAGGACCUGUGGUGGGAAAAGUUGGGGAAAGGGGAACUGAACACACUUAAAACUUCUCACCGGAAAUGUUUUGUAUCAAUACUUUGAUUCACCAUAGUCAAGGGGAAAUGAGGUGGUGUUCAUAAAUUUUCUAUGCAUUUCUGCAAAUCUACUGGAUUAUUGUGAUUAUUCAGAGUCAAGGGGAACCCACAGCCUUAUAUUACACCUAGCGGCACCAGGUACUGGGCAUAUCACUUCUGAGAAAUUUCAAAGAAGGAAGUAACAUUUCUUCUGACCUGACUUCACUUACCAUAAGGUUUGGAUGUUAAUUUCACAAGGCACCGAACUAGCGGGCGGUGCCAGUUUUCCCACUCUAUCCACUACUAAUCUCCCUACUUCUAGUGAACAGUAAGAGAACUAAGAGAGGAAUCCAAAACGUGUGACCAGGGACUGCAAAAAACUUUCCACCUUAAUCAUGCUCAGAGGGUCACUGACAGAUAUCUAUACUGGAACAAUUGUGGACUUUCCCUCAAAUCUGAUGUCUCUAAGGACUUUCCUGCUGGAUAUCUCUGGAGCAAGAAAACAUUCACUAUGUGUCAUUUGACAAUGUUCUCAGAAAAAGAGCUCUUUCAGAGAUGCUGAAAGAUCAUCUGACAUAUCCUUGCAUUGUCUUCUGAGAACAUAUGAAAUCAGAAUUUCAAGACUGACUGUGACUAGAAAGGGAGCUUAGGUCGGUUUUCUCUUCAUAUUCCGGAACAUGUCAAGGAGCGGUAUAAAGAAGUUUACUAUUAUACCAAACUUGGAGCUUCCUCCAUUUCUUUUCAUUUUAGGACAAGGACGUGAACCUGGGACUUUUGAUAAUUCUAAGCCUUAAAUUAUCAAAAAGAUCAAGGAUUACCGUUUCAUAAUGGCAUUGCAAGUACAUCAUUACCAUUCUCUCCUGAGAGGGUGACACAGAAUUUCGGUAAUUUCCCAGCCUAGCCUCUGAGGAAGUCCAGGUGUGGGCUGGAAGGAAAGGGAAUUAUAUUUAAGGAAGAGCUGGUGAGGAUAACUAGUGGGUGGCAGGACAGGGCUGGAUUAGUGACUGCUAACAUUUGAACUAUUACCCUCCUGGAAACAACAGAAAUGAUUCACCAGGAUAACCAUCAGAAGGGUUGAUCCAUGGGGGAAAAAAAAAGGUGUGUGAAAAAUGAAAAGGAAGCGGCAGCCUCCAAUACAAGAACUUGCCUUUUUAAUCCUUUUGACUGCUCUGUUAAUCAAAACGGACCAACUAUUCUGUUAGUCUGAUCAUGUGGCAAGAAUGGGAGACCUGAAACCGCCCUGCAAGGACCCCAGUGCAGAUGUCACCAGAUCACCGUUGGUAUUGCAAAAUAUUUAUUAUUAAAAGGGCAGCAGGUUGCAGGGAAGAAAAAAAUCAUGCGGAAUUUGGAGAUGACAGCAUGGUUUCUAAAAUGGGAAUCAGAUGCUUAAAGAGAAAUGGUGGAUCUGAGAUUUUUGCCCCAUUUCUCUGUUUUUUCACGUCUGUGUUUCUCACAAUAGAGCCCUCGGAUAUUGCAAAUGCAUUUCCUUCUAAGGUUCUUUAAGAAACUGGGGUUGAUCCCUGGGUGAAAAUUGUAAUCUGAGUGUUAUCUUCCUCUUAAAAAAAAGGUGGGAAAUAGGAGACAUUGAGGAAGUAAUGUAAAGAAUGUCUAUUAAUUUAAGAAGGCUGGCAUAUUUGGAAUGCUUCUUAUACUAACACUGCCUCAUUGUAAGAUAUUAACUCCCUUCCUUACUCUACUUUUUUAUUCUUCUGGUAGUGUGAUAACAUAUCACUUCUGCUAUGUGAUUCUGAGAAUUCUUAUUUCUACAGUACCUGAGCCAAACAAGUACACUACGGAGGCUGUGGCUGUACCAUCACAAGCAAUUUGUUCUUAUCAUUAUUUCUACCUUUGAACCUAAGGUUUCCUGCCUAUGCCUCUGAAAGCAGGAAUCGGUCCCCUUUGCAUGAUAUGGAGAUUUAGAUUAUUUAAGCCUGUUAGUUAUUAAAAGACAAAUACCAGUUGGAUAUCCAGAUUAUUUUGGAAAUCUAUUCAUAGUGGAAAUCUACAAAAAAAAAAAAUCACAGAUAACUACCUAAAAUCUGAGAAAUUCUAAGCAAUUGAAAAUUCUGAGAUAAGAUGUUCAAGUCUUAGCAAUGAUAGUGCACUUCUCUUGGAGUCUGGCUUUUGGGUUCAGACAUGGCAAAUUCUGGGCUUAAGAUACAGUUUUGAGACACUACAGGUUUCAAGCCAUAUUUCCAUUAACACUGCAAGUCAAAUACAUUUGAUCCUUUAAUGGGAAACAAACAAAAUGGUAAAAUAACUAAAAGGUAGAAGGAAAAAAUGUUUGUGGAAGAAGAUAACGAUGGAAUGGUGUGAAUGUUUAGAGAAUAACCAUUUCAAUAAAACAUAUAAACCAAACUGAAAUUUGGAAAAUAAUGAAGUUGAUGCCCUUGCUGUUACACUGUGUAAAAAUAUUUUCCGAAUGGCUCAUGCAAAAAGAUGGAGAAUUUUGCUUCAUUUCUGGUGUUAAACUGUUCAUAUUUUAACUUCUAAGUUGCCUUGUAAUUGAGACUGUAUUUGAUCACAAAAACCAAAUAUUUAUUACAGAUGCAUCUGUAUCAGCAAUUAAAAAAUAAAUAAGUAAAGGUGA